AAUAAACAACUCCGUCGGCGUCAGCUCUCACCAGAUCUUUCCGAACGAGCUUAGAGACACCAUGGCUUCUAUCGAUGAUCUACGCACAGUGAUUCAUCACCUCAGCAACCCAAAGUCGGUCGAAAGACUUGAUCCCGAAAAGAUCCACCACUUCAUGAUGACAAAACUCGACCAGAUCGAGCAGUUUCUGUCACAAGUACAGGGCGGCCCUCCCGAACAACCCAAAGCCGUCCCUCCGCCAUGCAUGGACUUCCUCAUCUACAGCGGUAUUGAUAAAGUCAUGCAGAACACGGUCAAGGAACUUAUCGCCUUCGAUGGACCCGAAGCCCCGCUUGUCCACGAACACAUCGGAGAUCCAGCCUUUGGUCGCUAUCUCGAACAGUUCCUCAUCUCCACGAAAGAGAUGAUCGCUCGCGAUCCAUCCCUUCUGGAUAACUUCGAGGUCACUGUCAGAAAGCGCUUCCUUGAUCUGUUGAUCAAAAAGAUACAAAAGUCGAUGAACUACAAAUUGAGAACACACUUUGAGUUGCUCUAA